GUUGUGAUAAACUUAUUAAAUAGGGCAGGUUUGGUUAUUGGAUUAAAAUGAGCAAAUCAAUUUUCACAGAGUUCGCAGACUUGCUGAUUAAAGAAAACUGGAGCCUUGAUGUUCUGUUGAGAAAUGAGCACCUUGUGAAAGUGCAGUUGAUUGGGAGUCCCGAAAUGAAGUCACCCACUGUGGGAACAGAGUGUAUGUUGCACUUAUUGAAGAUGACAGAACAAAUCUACCUCCUCACAGUUCACCAAAAUGGAAGACUGUUGGCUCGUGAAACUAUCAAUGUAUCAGUGUUGGCGUUAGCAGGAACUGACAAGCUCCGUGAUUGGUGGGACGGAUAUCGUGCAACCAUGCUCAACUGUAUUCACUUGGCUAAGCUGGGCAGCCAUCAACCAAUUCGAGUGAGAACAGGAAUAGUGCACUCCACAUUUUCAUCAUUUAAACAUAAAAAAGAAUCAAACGACUGGAAGAUGAUUGCAUGCAGUAGGUUGGAGGAGCCCCGAGUGCUGUUGUUAUUCAUGGAGUCAAAGAACCAAUCGAGAAACUAUAAAACACAUCCUUAGUACAUUUACUAAUGUUAAACUUGAUUUCGCCGUAAAAUGAUUCCGACCAGUCUGGCCUGAGAAUACUGUUUAUGGACAGUAGAUGCAAUGAUGGCCUCCUAGACAAUACAUUUGUCUAUGUGAUUUGUAAAUAUUUCAAUGCUCUACAGCUGUACCUGCCCGAAAACAUUUCUUUGAUUAUUAUGGUUUUUUUUAGUAACUUUGGCCAAGGGUUUUUUUAAUUUAAAAAACUGUCGGCUGUCGUUGUUUUUCCCUCAUUCAUUUUGUCACUUAUUAGUUUAUUUCACUUUUUCGCUGUUUUAUUCAUUGUUCACGAUCAACCUAAAUUGAAAUGAUUGCGUCUCUUGUUUAUUAUUGACCU